AUGGCUGAGAUCACCAUUACCGGCUGGAAGACCCGCGAUGUUCGGUUUCCCACGUCCCUCGACGGAACUGGCUCAGAUGCCAUGAACGCCGCUGGCAACUACUCAUCCGCCUACUGCAUUCUCGAGACCGACUCACAAUACACCGGUCAUGGAAUGACCUUCACCAUCGGCCGCGGAAACGACAUUGUCUGCGCAGCCAUCAACCACGUCGCCGAGCGCCUCAAGGGCAAGACCCUCUCCUCCCUCGUGUCAAACUGGGGCAAGACAUGGCGCUACCUCGUCAACGACAGCCAGCUUCGAUGGAUCGGUCCUGAGAAGGGUGUCAUCCACCUCGCCCUCGGCGCCGUCGUCAACGCCGUCUGGGAUCUGUGGGCCAAGACCCUCAACAAGCCCGUCUGGCGCAUCGUGGCCGACAUGAGCCCCGAGGAGUUUGUCAGCUGCAUCGACUUCCGUUACAUAACCGAUGCUAUCACCCCUGAGGAGGCCGUGGCGAUGCUCAAGGAGCAGGAGGCCACCAAGCCUCAGCGUCUGGAGGAGGCGCUCAACAGCAGAGCUGUGCCUGCCUACACGACCAGUGCUGGCUGGCUGGGUUACGGCGAGGACAAGAUGAAGUCUCUUCUCCAGGAGACUCUCAACGCGGGAUACCGUCACUUCAAGGUCAAGGUCGGUGGUGACAUUGAGCGAGACCGCAAGCGUCUGGGCAUUGCUCGUGAGGUCAUUGGUUAUGACAAGGGCAACGUGCUCAUGACCGACGCCAACCAGGUGUGGUCUGUCCCCGAGGCUAUCGACUACAUGAAGCAGCUCGCCGACUUCAAGCCGUGGUUCAUCGAGGAGCCUACUUCUCCUGAUGAUGUCCUCGGCCACAAGGCUGUGCGGGAGGCACUCAAGCCUUACGGCAUUGGUGUCGCCACAGGAGAGAUGUGCCAGAACCGUGUCAUCUUCAAACAGCUUCUCCAGACUGGUGCCAUUGACGUGUGCCAGAUCGACGCCUGCCGCAUGGGUGGUGUCAACGAGGUGUUGGCCGUGCUUCUCAUGGCCAAGAAGUUCGGAGUGCCCAUCGUGCCUCACUCUGGCGGUGUCGGUCUUCCCGAGUACACUCAGCACCUGAGCACCAUCGACUACGUCGUCGUCUCUGGCAAGCUGUCUGUGCUCGAGUACGUGGACCACCUUCACGAGCACUUCCUCCAUCCUUCGGUGAUCAAGGACGGAUACUACACCACCCCCACGGAACCGGGUUACAGUGUCGAGAUGAAGCCCGAGAGCAUGGAUCGGUAUCUCUACCCUGGUGAGAAGGGUGUGAGUUGGUGGACUUCUGAGGAAGCUAGGGUUAUCCUCGAUGGUGAGAAGAUUUAA